UAUUUAACUGGUUUUCUUCUACCCCGUUCGUAAUGACGCUAGAUGCUGCGCCGCUCAGCAUCCACGCAGAUGGCAACACGAUAUUUGACAACCGCCGUUCGUGCGCGAUGCCCAAUGCAACGCUUAUUUUGGUGGGAAAACAACACGGCCAGCUUUCCCACCCGUUCGGUAACACGAUUCUAAGCGAUCAUGCCGUCCGAAACGGUUUCACGUAACCAUGCUACGAUCCAGCAAAAGUGUUUGCAGGUGGCAAACAGGAGAACGGAGCUGCUGCAGGACUUUCCACAGUUCGCUACCUACCGGUACGUGCAGGAUGGCACGGAGAAGGAGCUGGCGGUACAGUUCAAGCGGCGGGAAGAGAUGCCCCAGCCGACGGUCCAGUGGGCGUUCAAGCUGGCCGAACGUAACGUGGGCCCCCAGUACCGGGCCUGCAGCCUCGGAUGGCAGCCCAAGGUCAAGCAGAAGGAUCUCAGCAAACCGUGGGCGCGCUACCUGUUGGCCGUGGACCGGGCGACCGGUAAGCCCGUCGGCUAUACGAUGUUCCGGUUCGACCUGGACUACGGUCGGUGUGUGCUGUACUGCUACGAGCUGCAGAUCUCGGCCGAAUACCAAGGCCACGGAUUGGGUGCGUUCCUCAUGCAGGCGCUAGAGCAGAUUGCCCGUGGUUUGUCGCUGGAGCGCCUAGUGUUGACGGUGCUCAAGAACAACGAGGGCGGAAUGCGCUUCUACCGGCGGAUAGGGUACGAAACUGACGAAACUUCACCGGACAAGCAAGAGGAUGCACCGUACGAGAUCCUGAGCAAAUCGAUGCUCGGAUAAUAGGAAAUAGGUCUCAGGUCAGAGAGUUCUACCCGAUUGGGCUGCCCGAUCCGAAAACCAGCACAACUCAGCACAGGUGUGUUCCCAUUGGCUGCAGAAAGGUAAAACAGGAACACAAUCCAACAGGAAAUGUUGACGCGAAGGACUUGCGGAGUUAUCCUUAAAUUUUGUACCACAAAAAAAACCCUGCACGAAACGAUCAGACGAGGGUAGUGUGAACCGAAAACCAACAGGUAAAAGUGGGAAAAUGACUGGAAAUGUCUAGAUUCAUGGCAGGAUGGAAAAGAUUGUUAGCAGGAGACUGAGCUACCCUCUUUAAGGAGAGUUUCUAUUCUUAUGAAAAUGAUUCAAAUUUUAAAAUUUACAUUUAAAAUUUGGAUUUAAAAUCAUUACGGACAGCACUUAGCAGAAUUGCAGAUAAUAAUUACAAAGAUGCGAAAACGCAAGUUAUCAAUUGUUUGUAAAAAUAAGAUAUUUGUAUGAAUCCGCCCGAGAAUGUAGAUGCUGAAAACAAAAAAAAACUGAAUUGUAGAUGCUGUCCCCAAACAUUUUUGCGCUUUGUCUGUACCCCUUUGAUUCUGACUGUUCGACUGAACGAUAAAUUUAAGAAUCGUUUAAAUUAAUAUCUAUUAUAAGCAUCCAUUAUCCCACAGCAUGAAUUUUAUAAACAUAAGAAAGAAGAACAAUCUAAUGUAAUGGUAACAGCAGCAAUCCAAUGGGCACACCGGAUCCGAUAGCACGAGUUUAAAGCUCAAACUUACUGAUCGCACUUCAUUUUCGAAUAUCAUCCGAUGCAACUAACAAGAUUACGGGUAGGUCAAUUUAUCACUGUUUGAACACUGUAAGUAUUCUGUGUUGAAUGCUAAAACAGAGGGAAUUUAUAAUUCGAAUGCAAUCUGAAAACUUAAUACAUUUUCAGCAGUGUCAUCGUCUCCAUUUCGAUAUGACAGACGAUUAGAGUGAAAAAUAUGUAUGGAAAUCGCGAAUGAAUGUGAGGGUAGUUAAUUACCAUUUAAUUUAAUUUUAAUUUAAUUAAUGAGAUGCCGUGUAUAGAAAAGCAUAGUUUGAUAGUUUUGUAAAUUUGGACAAUAUCGAAAUCCUUCCUCGUUUACAUGAUCACUGCGUGGUUAGCUGAUUUAUCAACUUUUACGAUAUUUUAUCAACUUUUACGAUAUGUUUUUGACGAUAUUUUACGACGUAACAAUUCAACUAUAUUUUUUCAAGUAAAUGACAUAUAAUUCUACAACUUUUGAAAAAUAUUUGGCAUUAUUUUGAGCAACAUUAGUUGAAAAAUCAAUCCAUAGCAUCAAAUUUUUCGUUAGACAUGUCGCCGAAAAGGUACUUUUUACGGUGCCCAUCGUAGCGACAUGAAGGGUCAUCCGAAAUAUACAAAACGAUAUGCGUUAGAAAGAGUAUGAGUUUAUCUAGGUAGGCACGGAGAGUUUCUGUUGAUAUUCCUAAUUUUCGAUUUUUGGCAGAUUUUUGAAGUUGCAAAAGUGAUGCUUUUUAUCAUUUAAACUAAAAACACGAUUUUUGAAGAUUUGUUUAAAAAAAAGUAUCAGCAAUUCCAAUGAAUUCUCGACAAGGCAACCUAGUAAAACGUGCACAGAUUAUGUGUUAAAAAUUGCAAAUCGAUUGGCCUUGUAGUUUUUACGGUACGGUGGGCACCGACUUUGAAAACGUUGGUUUUUUUGGGAAACGCUCUUCAAAGUAUCUUUCAAAAAUCUGUAGCUUUGUCAGUUUUUCUUCGAUUGAUCCAAAACUUUUACACAAUACUCUUGAAAGUUUCAGUAUUCAGGGAAAAAUGUUAAAAUUAUGUGUCACAAAACAAAAAAUUAAAUACCGAUGCAAACAGAAAUACUCAAAACAGAUGGACUGGUUUAGUAUCCUCUCUGCGUGUUGAGUGAAAAAAAAAAUUGUUUAAGAAGUCUUGGUUAGCUAGGAAAUAGAACCAUUAUAAUUGUUAUCUUUCUAAGGGCUAUUCAUAGUUCUAUCGAUAAUAGAUUAAAUAGACUCACGGUGCAGCUUUUGAUGGCCGUGAGCAGAACAUAGCCAGGAACAAAGUGACAACAUUACAACACAGACUUAUUGGAAUAAAAAACAUUUUCGAAUAACCUUUAGGAAAGAACUAGUAUCUUUCAUUAGGCUAGUUAGUAUAAAUAUUCAUGUAACUAUUUAACAAAAUAUUAAAAAUCAUUUUAAUGGAAACAAGACGUAAAAUAGAUUCGCACGGC